GACCCAUUCUGCUUUGUGGUCGUUUUUUUGUGCAUUUUUGUGCUUUUUUAUUCAAGUACAACUGCUAAAUAAGCCAUCAUGGGGCCAAAGAAAGUUCCAAAUGCUAGCCCUUCUGUAAAAAGGGCAAGAAACACUAGAAUUUAAGAAAGAACCCGUAGCAAAGUGUUGGAGGGCGUUGCAUGCCGAUCACAGUAAGAAAACGCCUACAAGUACUGCUGUUAGUGAAUUUAAGGCCAGCAGAAGCUGGUUUGAAAAAUUCAGAAAGCAAACGGUCAUACAUAAUGUGCCUACUUCAGUGAUUAAAGACAUAUUUGCAAAGGGGAGUGAUGUAAAAGAUUUUUUUGAGACUUAUCAUACCAACAAAGCUGUUGUAAUCCAUGUCUCCAACAUUUUUAUGUCAAUACUGUGUUCCACUUUUAAGCAGAUUUUAAAGAGACGGCAGAAACAAAUGUCUAUGGACAGUUUUGUUGUGUGACAGGGGUCCAGUGACUCAAACUGAUCCUAGUGCCAGUAAAACCAAAGAGGGGGAAUAAUUCCAGAUAGUGUCAGUAAAAAACGAAGUAACCCCAGAUAGGUCCAUGAUACUUGAAAUCCUUCUGGAGGGGGAUUCCCCUUACAAACUAACCUCUCUUCCUUCUCCUCACCUUCUCUCCAUCUUCCAAAUGCUAAGAAGAGUAUUCUAUAAAGGUUCUAAUUUGUAAAGUUAUCCUGUAAAUACUGUACUUUUUGCUUAAAGGAAAUUUAUCUUAAGAAGUAAAAUGGACUUUAAAGAUCAUUUAGCACUCUAUGAGUGCUUAAACAUGCAGCUUACUUCAGAAUCAGAGAUGAGCAAUGAUGAAUCUACUUUGCCAAAAGCAAGUGAGAUUCUUGAUGCUGAAACUGUCAUUGCAAAUACCUCUGUUAAUCAUUAUAAUCAGAAUGUGAACAUUAGGCAUGAUGUUGCAAGUAGUUCUAGAACUAACGGGACAAAACUCAAUUCUUUAUGUGAUGUUGAAUUUGGAAAAAUAAAGGAAAGUGUAAAGAGGAAGCCAGUGAAAGCUUAUGAAAAGAAAAGCAAGUUCCUAUUUGUUGAAGGUGAACAUGAUUUAGAAGUGAAAGAUGGUGGUGAUGUGCCUGCAGAUGGAGAACUAGAAAACCUUGAAGCUAAAAAUCACUAUUUAUUGAGUAAAGUGAAUGAAGAGAGGGUCAUGAACUAUGAAGCAAGUGAAGAUUGUAGUUCUGAUGCUGAAACUGUACAGGAUGCAUUGCUCAUUGCAAAGAAAAGGACUUCUUCUGGCUCCCCUAGAGCAGUGUAUGUAUGUUCCUUUGAAGGUUGUGGGAAAGAGUUCAACAGACCUUGGCGACUUGCUGAACAUAAACAUUUGCAUACUGGAAAGAGACCUUAUACGUGCCCUGAAGAAGGAUGUAGUCGUAGUUAUGUACGUAAACAGCAUCUUCAGCGCCACAUAGCAACCUCCCACCAGAAAACCAAACCUCAUGAGUUCAUCAAGUGUGAGGACUGCAACAAGUUGCUGAAGAAUAAAUAUAACAUGGCCAGACACUAUUAUCGUGCUCACGUAAGGCAGAGUUUUACUUGCAAUGAGUGCGGGCAAACUUUUAGAAAGCAGAAGUUCUUGAGAAGCCACUCAUUUACUCAUACAGGCAUUGAACCUUACAUGUGUGAAUACCCAGGCUGUGGAGAACGAUUCAUGUUGCCAAGCAGAUUGAGGCGCCAUGCUUUAGUACAUGUUCAGAAAUGUUACACAUGUCCUAAUGAAUCAUGUGGCGAGACUUUUGAUGUCCAUUAUGAUCUGCGAAAGCAUCUUGCUACCAACCAUCCCAAAGCAAAAAUUGGCUUUUCACAUGACUACCCACAGUCCUUCUUACAAGCGAAAUUACUAUAGCUUGAAGCCUCGGAGACCUCGCAAAGAUAAGGGAGUUUCAAGAACAGAUUAUGCUAAGCUUCUCUCUGGCUAUAAGGGUGAUGUUUUAGGUGAAUCCCCCCCAAGUGCUGUUACUGGAGCUGUUCACCCACAUGGUGAACAUGAAGAAAAUGAAACAGGUUCUGAUGAUGACCAUGUUAUUGCUGGCAGCAAGGAAAUGUCGAAAGAAGAAAGUGGAGACUCUGAAGCUGAUUGCAAAAUGGUCACUAUAAAAAACUCUGUAAAAAGUACACUUAGUAGUUUAACCAAUUUGGACAUAAAUUGUUUCCCUUUGAAGGUCAUUGGAAGUGAAGAUGAUAUGGAUAAACUAGUUCUCAGCAGUGAUGAUGUUUUGGAAUCAGAUUUUUCGUGAUAUUUGUGUAAGGUUAUAGAAAAAUUAAUUCUGAAAUUUUAUGAAAGUAUUCUUAAGGUUGAACUUUAAAUAUAAGUGUGUUAAAAUUCAGAGGCCUUGUUGCUCUUGGGGUGCCAACAUUUUGCAAGCUUAAAUGUUUCAGAACAUCAGGGUAAUCUUGUAACAAUAAUGCUUCCAAAAUAUGCAGAAAAAGUAUAGUUUGCCAUCUAUGUGCUCUGUGCAGGCUGUUCAUUAUUUCUCUCAAUGGCAGGAUAUCUGAUGUUUCUGGAAAAAUUUUGGAUCUUAUGUCACUCAAACUCUCGGGUACUAUACCUCAUUCCGCUUUGCAAGUAAAGGAUUGGCUGGCUUUCAUAAGUUCGCAGAUAUGCGCAAUGUCUCUUGUGUCCCCAAUUUAUGAAAAUUUAUAAGCUGAAUCAGUUUUUUGUAUGUAAAUGAAAUAAUAUUUUUAAUGAAAAUUUUAUUGUAUGUGUGUCUUACAAUAAGCUUAGUGCCAGCAAGCUUUUUUUCACUUGUUAUUGCUAUACAAUAAAUGAAAACUGUUUUAAUCUAUUAUUCUCAAUUUACUGAGAAUUAUAUUUUCAGAUUUGAGCAAAGCUGAUUGCAUAAUUGUUUUGUUUGUGAUUAUGCUCUUGCAGUUUACCAAAGCUGUCAUUCAAAAUAUCUCUCCUUAAAUCAUUUUCUCACCUCCACAGCAUGCUAGGCAAGAAUUUGUCCCUAGAAAGGUCAUCAAAUUUAGUGCAAAUGACCAGUAAUGGUUUGAUGAUACAUGUAGACGAGCCUACCAUGACAAGCAGGCCAAAUUCAUGAAUAGAGACAAAAUCGUUCAAAUGAAAAUUACACCAUUUUUGUUGAGUCUCGUCGUGCUGUGAAUAGAACUCACCAUACAGGUGAGAGAAAUUACAUUAAUUCUUUAAAGAGGAAACUUGAAGGAAUUACUCAGCCUCAUCUAUGUUGGACCAAAUUGGCAUCGUCUAUCUUUGGGCCAGGCUCUGCCACCACUACUAACAGAUAUGAUGGUAGAUUGGUUACUGGCCCUAAGGAUAGGCUGAACUGUUUCAUUGAGCUUUUGAAGCUAAGCAAUCAGCUGAGGAUGUCCCUCUCCCUGAUACUUGUCAUCCUGAACCUACUCUUACAAAAUUUGCAUUUCACUCUAGGGAUGUUAAGAAAAUUCAAGAUACUUCUGAUAGCUGGGGUGGAGAAGAUCCUGAUGGUUGCAUCCCUUUGCAUUUUAAAAAGUUUUGUAGUGUGUUUUCUCCUUAGAUAAGUAGAUCCUGUAGAUUUUUAUAUCGACAAAGUAUUUUUAUAGAUGAGCAUAAGCUUUAGUAAUACAGUGCCUGUUACAAAGAGUGACAUAUCUGCAGACUGCAGUAACUAUAAGCAAUUUCUAUUCUUGUGCUUACCAAAUUUGCUGGAAAAUUUAUUUAUAAGCUACUGUAUAAGUAUAUGAAAUCUAAAGGAUUGUUAUUUGAUAGUCAGUAUGCAUACAGAAAGCAGUUAUAUAAAUGCAAUGCUCUUCUAGACUUGAUAAUGCCAUUUCCAAGGGAACCUUGAUAAGGGCUUUGAGUGAAGAGUAAUUAAAAUAGAUUUUGGUGCUGCUUUUGGUUUAGUAAAUCACAAAGCACUAAUUUAUAAACUUUAGAAUAGUGGGGGGGGGGGGUGAAUGUGUUUUAGGAUUACUUCAAGAUUUCUUUACAGGUAGGCAGCAGCGAGUUGCUGUGGAUGGAUCUUUAGUGAACCAAAACCUGGUGUGUGUGUAGCUCCACAGGGUAGUGUUCUUGGUCACUGUUGUUUUUAGUGUAUACAUGUGAUAUGGUUGUUGCCCUGAAAAACAAGGUUUUUCAGUGUGCUGAUGAUGCAACACUUGUGGGUGUAAUAAAGUAUCCACUUAUGAGAAA